AUGGUGGCGGAGAGCCCGGCCGCCGCCCGGCCGCCGCCGCGAGCGGGACCCCCGCGGGGGCUGUGCUGCGCCUCGGCCCUGCUGCUGCUCGCUCUCUCGGCGCUGCCCGCCGCCCGCGCCUCCCACCCGCUGCCCGCCGGCGAGUGCCAGGGCGGCGGCAAAGGGAAAGGCGGCAACUGCUCAGAGUUAAAUGUAAAAGAAUCUGAUGUAAGAGUGUGUGAUGAAUCGUCAUGUAAAUACGGGGGAGUGUGUAAGGAGGAGGGCGAUGGCCUGAAAUGUGCCUGUCAGUUCCAGUGUCACACAAACUAUAUUCCUGUUUGUGGAUCAAAUGGAGACACUUACCAAAAUGAAUGCUUCCUCAGGAGAGCUGCUUGCAAGCAUCAGAAAGAGAUAACAAUGGUAUCAAGGGGACCUUGUUACUCUGAUAACGGCUCUGGGUCAGGAGAAGGAGAGUAUGAAGGAUCUGGCACAGAAGUUCAGAGAAAACACUCAAAAUGUGGAGUUUGCAAAUAUAGGGCUGAGUGUGAUGAAGAUGCAGAAAAUGUUGGGUGUGUAUGCAAUAUAGACUGCAGUGGGUACAGUUUUAAUCCUGUCUGUGCUUCUGAUGGAAGUUCUUAUAACAACCCCUGUUUUGUUAGAGAAGCAUCCUGUCUGAGGCAAGAGCAGAUAGACAUCAGGCAUCUUGGACACUGCUCAGAAGCAGAUGACACAAACGCAGUUGGAAAGAAAGACGACGGCAUGCAGUACCGGCCAGAGGUGAAAGAUGCCAGUGAUCAAAGAGAAGACAUUUACAUUGGUAACCACAUACCUUGUUCAGAAAGCUUUAAUGGCUACUGCAUACAUGGAAAAUGUGAAUUCAUUUAUUCCACUCAGAAGGCUUCCUGCCGGUGUGAAUCAGGAUAUACUGGACAGCACUGUGAAAAGACAGACUUUAGUAUUCUUUAUGUUGUCCCAAGUAGACAAAAGCUUACGCAUGUCCUUAUUGCAGCAAUAAUUGGAGCCGUACAGAUUGCCAUUAUAGUUGCAAUUGUCAUGUGCAUAACAAGAAAAUGCCCCAAAAACAAUAGAGGACGUCGGCAGAAGCAAAACCUAGGCCAUUUUACUUCAGAUACAUCAUCCAGAAUGGUUUAACUUAGUGAUUUUUAUA